UCAAUACCACGGUUAUCUAGUUCGCCGCAGGCAGAGUUGCUUGCGAAAUCUACGGGCUUGACGUCCGACGACGACAACGACGACGACGCCGACGACGAAGACGAAGACGAAGACGAAGACGGGGUGACAAAGGCUCGAGAAUAGCCGUGUGAAGUAAAAAAAGGGACAGGAGCGAAAUAAAACGAAUAUGGCCACCGAAGACGGUCUGACGCCAGAUGCAGCGGGUGCUGGCGCGGGUGCAGGUGCAGGAACCGAUGGAAUCGUCGGUGGACCCAGGACGCCUCAACAAAUCGCUUCGCAAAAGCGACUGCAGGCGACGCAGGCGCAGGUAGACGAGGUCGUCGACAUUAUGAAGACGAAUGUAGAAAAAGUCCUCGAACGUGAUCAAAAGCUAUCCGAGCUCGAUGACCGAGCAGACGCACUCCAGCAAGGAGCGUCGCAGUUUGAACAACAAGCAGGAAAAUUGAAAAGGAAGUUUUGGCUACAAAAUUUAAAGAUGAUGAUCAUCAUGGGCGUCAUCGCACUCAUUAUAUUGAUUAUUAUAGUUGCAAAAUUCAUGCCGGAAUCGCCGCCACCUCCGCCACCUGGAUACGCUUAUCCUCCGGCUCCCCCGGCAGGUGCACCAGCAGCAGCUGCUCCUGCCGCAGCACCAGGAGGUGCAACUGCUGCAGGGGGUGCUUCCGCAUCCCAAACUGCCGGUGCUGCCUUCGUUGGCUCAAUUAAUGGUAAACAUAGUAUGAUUUAAACAAAAAAAACUGCUCCCUCCGUUAUGAAUCAUUAAAUUAAAUUAAAUUAACAGAAAAGAGAAACAUAACAAUAAACAAAACAAAAAUGAUCCACUAGAGAUGAUCGAUUGAUCUACAUUUUAAGAAGGUAGAAAUUAACAAUAGCAUGUGAUAUGAGAGAGCGCACUCUCGUCGCGAAUUAUUUAAAAGAUUAAUCUUUUACAAUUUCUUCUCAAACUUGAUUUCUUUUCAUCGUGCAAAAGAUCAUUAUACAGUUCUUCACACUUUUGCAAGUAAGAAAAAAGAAUAAAAGAGAUAAAAGUAGAAAAAAUAAAUAAAACGAAGAAGAAGAGGAAAAAACAAUUUCUAUUUGAAAUUGUAAAUAUCCAAGUUGACUCUUAAAUGGCUCGAUAAUUCUCAUUAAUAUAUUUUCAAGAAAAUGAUAUCGGUUUGUGUAGGUGAACGAGUUAUAUGAUCCGAUAUAUAAUUAUUUCUAUGUACUUAUAUAUGAUUAUGAGAAACGAUUAAUAAUACGAAAGAUCCAAAUGUGCUCUCCUACGUAUGAAUAGUUAUUCAUAUCCAUAUAUCCACAAUAUCAAGAAGUAUGAGAA